CUAGGCAACGCAUCUUUAUUCACUGGGAAUGCAUUCGGUUCACAACGUCGGCGCAGCCAUCUCCAAACAUAAAGAAACAAAAAACAAAUGGAUGAGUUGUUUCAAUCCUAACCAAGCGUAUAUUCAGCGCGACACUAUACAUUGGAUGCAUUUUAAUAUAAAGCAGGUCUGACCCUACAGUUGCAGUUAUGGGAGUGAAGGUUUUACAGUGCUUUCCCUUCUACCGCCACGGUAAAGGCCGUGGCAAAGGAAGACUUUGUCCACCCUCAGCAGUACCCUCUGGGGAGGUGAAGCCGGAGUUCUCCUCCUCCUCCUGGGCGUGUGACAGUGAGGGAGGUGGCAGCGGUAGCGUGCGCCGGGUCUACCUCUCCCAGAAGGCCCGGAUCAGCUACCGGCACCAGAUGGACAACGUGAUAGACGCCACCUACUAGCCCGACUCCCGCCCACCCAGCAGCCUUCAGCACAGCCGUGCCCAGCGAGUCGUCCGUGCCCUGACCUUCCCAGUGGCCCCUCGGUGACAUGGCCCCACUCUUUUUUCCGUGACGGCGGUUCAUCUGAUGGGGCUUGCUUUUUUGUACUCCUUAUGAUCGGAACUGUCCAGAGGAUCAGGAAUAGUGUAAUUGUGUUCUAGCUGUGAUUUGGGGCAGAAAAAACUCCAGUGUUUCUUGCUCCCCUAGAGAUAAAUAGAGAUAAAAGUAUGUUAGGACUGUAGAGAGCUUCAAAAUGUGAAGGUGACGUUGUUGAUGGUGCUUUGGGUAUGUCAUGUGGAUAUGGAGAUUUCAAGUAAAAAGAAAUGACGUAAAUGCAAAAUAAGCAGGAAGUGUGUUUACAAAAAUUAGCCUGAAGUGCAUUUUAGUGUCUCUUUAGUGCAUUUUGUCCAUUGUCUCCUGUCUUUCUUGUCCUGUGUCUCUGUGAAGGUAUCUAGUGGAGUUAUAUGUAUUUAUUCAUGUGUGCUUGUGAGUGUGUGUGUGUGUGUGUGUGUGUGUGUGUGUGUGUGUGUGUGUGUGUGUGCGCGCGCGCGCGCGUGUGUGAAUGUGUGUGUGUGUGUGAGUGCAUACGUGCGCAAAUGCUUGUUUAUGUAACUUACUUACUAUGUGUGAGUUAAGUUUCAUUGUAAGCUAAUCAGUCCCAAUAAUUGUGUCUACUGUGUUCUAGAAUGGCUAUUUGUUUGCUGGAUGUUCUUUUUUUAUAAAUAAAAUUGUGACUAAAACAUUGA